UCCCACUUCUAGAAAGUUCUCUCACAGGGUAUAUAGAGCAGAAGAGGGAACUAACGUUACAUUACAUUCCCAGGACACAACUCAGACGGGACACAUAGAGUGAAUCUGUGCCAGGUAAGGAUUGGAAGAUAAUGGUCUUUGUUUUCAGGAGGAAACGCAGAGGGUGAAUGGGCUGCAUUGUUUUUCAGGUUUAAGGUUUCAGUCCAGCAUUUCUCCAUUUCAACCCGUUUGAAAUCUACUGCUAUUUCUCUUGCUGUUUGACCUGCAUAUUUCACAUGACUUAUUUUUUAGGAAAACAACUCAGCAGAGCUUAAAAUCCUUCUUCAACUUAUCCCAGCAUGAUGAUUCUCAUAUUAGUUAGCCCCCUGCCGGUCACUGCUUUGUUGAGCAUUCAAAUGUAUUUCAGUACAAAUUCAGUGAAAAGUUUGAUAUAUGCACCCAAUCUAGCUUUUUGACUUAAUCUGGAUCCAUCACGGUUUUGAAGAUGGACGGUUCAUCUGUCCUCUAGAAAUCAGUGCUGCUCUACCGUGGCACAUCUGAUUGGAUGAAACUUUUUUUUCUGGGUCACACACCGCAGCAAAUGAAAACUUUUUGCAUGUCUGAUCGUGUGUGAACAAGCAGAACAGACUUGCAUAAUAACCUCAACUUGGAAGUCUCUAAUUCUCACGGAUGAAUAACUGGAAAAUAAGACGGAGGAAUCAGAUGACACAGAAUGUUUCCAUCAGAGCCUGAAUAAUGUUUUAUUGACUGCUCUGUGGAGAUUACUACAUACAACUCUUGUCUUUCAGAAUGAAAAUGAUGUCGCAGACAUCAAAACAUCUCAAGGUAUCCUAACAUGAUGCAAAAGUAAUUUCUGCUGUAAAACAAGUUAUGCAAGCAUAGAGAUAAAGACAAUGUAUCUCUGCAAUGGUGGAUUGAAGAAAAGUGUUGAGACCUAUCAGGGCAGCUGGUUUAUUACAGUGUUAAGGCUAUGAAUCUAGUUAUUCGUUAUUCUUUAUCAAACAAGGACAAUGCACAAAAACGUUGAUCUCAAAAUGAGCUAUCAGCUAAUUUCCAUCUGCUUUUGAAGCAUAUUCCAAUGUAUGAUGCCCAUAAAUGAAAAAUCUGAUUGCGCAAAGGCAGUUCUUUGUUUGACGAGAUCAGUUAGAUACAGUGUGAAGUAGGUACAAACUCUUGUCUGGGAGUGUUGCUACAGAGAACAAGUCGAACACAGUGAUUUCUGAUCCUUUCCACAGGCUUGGGAAGAAUAUGCCCUAAAAACAAUAUCAGUGCAGAUGUAGAACAGUUUGCAUCGAAUGCAAUGAAUGCAGGAAAAAUGAGAGCCAUCUUGUUACAGCCUUGAGUCUGCACAGAGCUAUACACGCUACACAGUGGCUGUACAGCUGAGCCUCUAGCUGCUGCUGACGUGGCGAGGAACAUGUCUGCCUCAAAUUGGAGGCAUUCCCAAACUUCUGGUUGGGCAGAGCCAGCCCAGCCCUGCCUCUACCACAGCUUCACAUCCCAGUCUGUGUCCUCACAAUUUCCCACUUCUUUCUACUCAAUAUAUUUGAUAAAUUAAUAUAGUUCUGAAUGUUUAUUUAUUCCACACAUUCCCUCCAUGGAGAAAUGCAUGCUACUCACUACAUGAUUUAUUUGAUUUUACUCAACCAACCCAGGUUAAGUAAUGUUCAAGCUAACUAUCCUCUUUUUUGCAGGCUUCUACAGCUGCAUUCAGAGACAGACAGGAUGUGGGUGACAAACAUUGCAGCUCUCUGUCUGCUGGCCCUUGUGGCCUCUGCAGAGGACAAGAAGCUGAGCAGUCAUGCCAUCACGCUGGCUGACAACAGUGCCAACCUGGCUUUCAGCCUCUACCACAAGAUGGCAAAUGAGAAAGACUCAGAGAACAUCCUCAUCUCUCCUGUGGUGGUGGCCUCCUCUCUGGGAAUGAUGGCUCUUGGUGGAAAGUCCUCCACUGCCUCGCAGGUCAAAACUGUCCUCAGUGCUGACAAACUAAAGGACGAGCAUCUGCAUGCAGGACUGUCUGAGCUGCUCUCUGAGGUGAGCAAUGCCAAGACACGCAACACCACCUGGAAGAUCAACAAUCGCCUUUAUGGCCCAAGCUCCGUCUCCUUUGCUGACGAUUUUGUGAAAAGCAGCAAAAAGCACUAUAACUUCGACCAUUCAAAAAUAAACUUACGUGACAAGAGGAGCGCUGUGAACUCCAUCAACGAUUGGGCGGCAAAAUCAACUGAUGGCAAGCUUUCCGAGGUCACCAAGGACGUGCAGAACCCAGAUGGAGCCUUGAUUGUCAACGCCAUGUUCUUCAAGCCUCACUGGGAUGAGAAGUUCCAUGAAAAAAUGGUGGACGAUCGUGGUUUCCUGGUUACUCGCUCAUUCACCGUUGGGGUUCCCAUGAUGCAUCGUACAGGUCUGUACGAUUUCUACGAGGACACUGUGAACGGUAUCUUUGUGCUGAACAUGCCUCUGGGCCAGAAGCAGGCCUCCAUGAUCCUCAUCAUGCCCUACCACCUGGAGCCUCUGAAACGCCUGGAGAAACUCCUGACCAGGAACCAGGUGGAUACUUGGCUCAGUCAGAUGGAGAACAGAGCUGUGGCCAUCUCUCUUCCUAAGAUCUCUUUGGAAGUCAGCCAUAAUCUGCAGAAACACCUGGCUGAUCUCGGGCUAACUGAAGCCGUAGACAAAGCCAAGGCAGACUUGUCCAACAUUUCUGGAAAGAAGGACCUCUACCUCUCCAACGUCUUCCACGCUUCGGCCCUGGAGCUGGAUGCUGAUGGAAAUCCGUUCGACACCAACAUCUUUGGCUCUGGAAAGCUGAGGGACCCUAAACUCUUCUACGUGGAUCAUCCCUUCAUCUUCCUGGUGAAGGACAAUAAGACCAACUCAAUCCUUUAUAUCGGCAGAGUUGUCAGACCUAAAGGAGAAAAGAUGCGCGAUGAGCUAUAAUAAUAAUGUCAUCAAUCGUCUCAGGUAGCAUUGUGAAAUUUUGUCAGGAUCCUGUGUGUGGGUGUUUAAUGGCAUGACUGUUACCUCGUGAGCACAUUCUUUUCUUUACAUCCUUAUUUUUGCCAGUGUUAGUUCGGCCAUGAUUCACUUGUGUUUUCUUGAAUUAACUUUAAUGUUUAGAGAAAAAGAUCUUUGGACAAGCUUUUUUUUAUUCUGUCUCACUCCCCCCUCUUAUUUUGCCUCCAGUCUGCACUGCACAGAUUUUUUCCCUGCACAAGAUGUUAAGAUGUAAUGUAUUUUCCACAAAAAAGCUGUUGGAAUUGUGUGAUUAUGAAAUAAUAUGUUCAUUUUUCAAUAUAAAUAUACAAAAGGCU